AAGUUCCGCUGAACCUACGGCAGCCCAGUUCCGGUUCAGACCUUUCACGGCCAAAGACUCUACUCCUGCACGCAAGGGGCUCGUCUUUUCUCUGUGCGUCUCGAGCAGCGUUCCCGGGGCGGCGGUAUGGAAGCGCGUUUUACGCGCGGGAAAUCUGCGCUGCUGGAGCGCGCACUGGUGCGGCCACGCACCGAGGUGAGCCUGAGCGCUUUUGCCCUUCUCUUCUCCGAGCUGGUGCAACACUGUCAGAGCCGCGUCUUCUCUGUGGCCGAGCUUCAGGCACGCCUGGCUGCCCUAGGCCGCCAGGUGGGCGCCCGAGUCCUGGAUGCCCUGGUGGCCCGGGAAAAGGGUGCCCGGCGUGAGACCAAAGUGCUGGGUGCGCUGUUGUUCGUCAAGGGCGCAGUGUGGAAGGCACUCUUCGGCAAAGAGGCAGACAAGCUGGAGCAGGCCAAUGACGACGCCCGCACUUUCUACAUCAUUGAAAGGGAGCCGCUCAUUAACACCUACAUCUCGGUGCCGAAGGAGAACAGCACACUCAACUGUGCCAGCUUCACGGCGGGCAUCGUGGAGGCUGUGCUCACUCACAGUGGCUUCCCUGCCAAGGUUACAGCGCACUGGCACAAGGGGACCACACUCAUGAUCAAGUUCGAAGAGGCCGUUAUCGCCCGAGAUCGGGCCCUGGAGGGACGCUGACCCCACAGGAGAUAAAGGAUGAGCAGAUCCCGA